AUGCACACGGCACUCGAGGGAAAACUAGAAAUGAAGGUACAUAUGCACACAAAGUUCUGCCUCAUUUGUUUGCUGACAUUUAUUUUUCAUCACUGCAACCACUGCCAUGAGCCACAUGACCACGGGCCCGAAGAGCACCACAGACAUCACCAUGGACUGGCAGAAUCGGAGCAGGGCAAGUUUUCAGAGCUGGAUGCUGCCAAAAACGAAAAAAAUUAUUACAUUGAAAAACUUUUUGACCGUUACGGUGAAAAUGGAAGGUUAUCCUUUUUUGGUCUGGAGAAACUUUUGACAAACUUGGGCCUCGGAGAAAUAAAAGUAGUUGAGAUUAAUCAUGAGGAUCUUGGCCACGAUCAUGUUUCUCACUUAGAUAUUUUGGCAGUUCAAGAGGGGAAGCAUUUUCAUUCACACAACCACCAGCAUGCCCAUAAGCAUCUAAACUCGGAAAAUCAAACUGUGACCAGCGUGUCCGCGAAGAGGUACCGUAAGUGUGACCCCGAGAAGGAGGCAGUUGAAGUGUCUAUCAAGUCUGAUGAUAAACACGUGCGCGACCGCAAUCACCGGCUAUGCCAUCACCAUUGUUUGCGGCAUCACCUUGAUCAUAACACCACCCGCCAUCUCGCUAAUGAUUCCAUCCCUCACGGUGAGCGUGGGGAGACUAGCCAGGAGCCUUCCGCAGAGACCAAUAAGACCCAGGAACAUUCUGAAAGUAAGCCCCCGAGGGGAAAGCGGAAGAGGAAAGGGAAGAACGAUGAGAAUUCAGAGGUCAUCACGCCAGGCUUUCCCCCGAACCAUGACCAGGGCGGACAGUAUGAGCACAAUCGGGUCCAUAAGCCUGAUCGUGUACAUAGCCCAGGCCAUUCUCAUGGGCACCCUCCGGAACAUGAUGGUCACGAUCCUGGUCAUGGACACCAAGAUCCUAAUCCUGAUAAUGAAGGUGAACUUAGGCACACGAGAAAGCGGGAAGCGCCGCAUGUUAAAAAAAGUGCAAUCUAUUCAGCUGCUAGUCACAAGGAUCAUAAUGCAGAUGACCGUCAGCAUGAGUGCUUGAAUGUCACUCAGUUGUUAAAAUACUAUGGCCAUGGUGCCAACGCUCCCAUCUCCGCUGAUCUGUUCACCUACCUUUGCCCUGCGCUGUUAUAUCAGAUUGAUAGCAGACUCUGUAUCGAACACUUUGACAAACUUGUAGUUGAAGAUUUAAGUAAGGAUAAAAAUACGGUUCCAGAAGAUAAAGCAAAUGUCGGGGCCUCAGCAUGGAUUUGUGGCAUCAUCUCUGUCACUGUCAUUAGCCUGCUUUCCUUGCUGGGCGUGAUCUUGGUUCCCAUCAUUAACCAAGGAUGCUUCAAAUUCCUCCUCACAUUCCUGGUUGCUCUGGCUGUAGGAACAAUGAGCGGAGACGCCCUUCUUCAUCUGCUGCCCCAUUCUCAGGGUGGACAUGAUCACAGUCACCAGCAUGCACAUGCGCAUGGGCAUGGCCAUGGCCAUUCUCAUGGACAUGAGCCCACGAAGUUUCUGGAAGAGUAUGAUGCUGUGCUGAAAGGACUCGUCGCUCUAGGAGGCAUUUACUUGUUAUUUAUCAUUGAACACUGCCUUCGGAUGUUUCAGCACUAUAAGCAGCAGAGAGGGAAACAGAAGUGGUUUAUGAAACAGAGCACAGAAGAAUCGAAUAUUGGCAGGAAGCUUUCAGACCACAAGAUCAAUAACACGCCAGACGCCGACUGGCUGCAGCUCAAGCCUCUUGCAGGAACGGAUGACUCGGUUGUUUCUGAAGAUCGCCUUAAUGAAACGGAGCUGACAGAGUUAGAAGGCCACCAGGAAUCUCCUCCCAAAAACUACCUUUGUGUGGAAGAGGAGAAAAUCAUGGACCAUUCUCACAGCGACGGCUUCCACGCCAUCGACGAGCACGCCCUCCAUGCGGCCACACCCAACCACCACGACGAGAGCAAGGCUGCGCUGCGGAAGCACCAGUGGCACAAGCACUCGCAUCACUCGCACGGCCCCUGCCACUCGGGCUCCGACCUGAAAGACACCGGCAUCGCCAACAUCGCCUGGAUGGUGAUCAUGGGGGACGGCAUCCACAACUUCAGCGACGGGCUGGCCAUCGGAGCAGCUUUCAGUGCUGGACUGACCGGAGGCAUCAGUACGUCCAUCGCUGUCUUCUGUCACGAGCUGCCACACGAAUUAGGUGACUUUGCAGUCCUUCUGAAGGCAGGCAUGACGGUGAAGCAGGCGAUAGUGUACAACCUCCUCUCAGCCAUGAUGGCUUACAUCGGCAUGUUCAUCGGCACCGCCGUGGGGCAGUACGCCAACAGCAUCACCCUCUGGAUCUUCGCCAUCACCGCUGGCAUGUUCCUCUACGUAGCCCUGGUGGAUAUGCUCCCGGAAAUGUUGCAUGGCGACGGUGACAACGAAGAGCAUGGCUUCUGCCCGGUGGGCCAGUUCGUGCUGCAGAAUUUGGGGAUGCUGUUUGGAUUUGCCAUCAUGCUGGUGAUCGCCCUCUACGAGGACAAAAUAGUGUUUGACUUCCAGUUCUGA